UAAGAAGUGUUGUCAAUCGUUUUCUAUCAAAAAGCUGUUUUUCGGCUUAGCUAAAAUGAAGUUUUUAUUGAGUUGGUUUAGUAAUGUGAUGUUGUCAAAUUACCGUUAAAAUUACAGCGCUUACAAAAAGUACAAAUUGUUUUCAUUUAUGUUUCAAAGACUCUGGACUGCUCUACGCAUGGCAGCCACGAAAUCAGAGACGCAGUCGCUCAUCAAGCUCCUCCAUCAUGAACUUUAUUAAUUCUGCAUUAACUAAUGUUUAAUUGAUUCAUUUCUUUUCACCUAUUCUAGAACUAGAAAAACUUAAGUGAAUAUCAAAAAUACUCAAAUUUUACAAAUUUAUUGUCCAAACAAUGAGACUCUAUUUAUUGAAAAGCGAACCUUUCUUUUUAUAUUAUUUAAGUCUCCUAUCCUUUAUUCGAUUAACUUACUCUUCGCCGUCGGUUCGGGGCACUAUGCGUAUGUCCCCACUGAGUGUAUUAUUAUCACUUGGACUAGUGCUCUGCGGACUUGGUCACGUGGGUGCAAUGCCGGAUGGAAACCCCGGCCACUGGUGCAGUCGCUUCCCAGGAGGGCACGAGGUGGAGGCGCUGGGGGGCGAUAACGGCUACUUCAUUGAAGUCAGACACGCCACCUCCAAGCUAGUCGUGAACGACUUCGUCCCAUCUCACAAAUAUGAAGUCUCGAUCGCGACCAGUCGGGACCCCUUCAAGGGCUUCGCCAUAGUGUCUGCCGACCCCUCCUCCUCCUUCAAUGAAGAGCAGUACUUAGGACACUUCGAGGUCCUGGACUCGAAGACGACGAAGAGUUCGAGUGGGUGUAAACCGAUGAUGACUCACGUGAGUGCGAGUGAGAAGCAGUUCGUCACCAUGCUCUGGUACGCACCCGAAAACACAUUCGAGCAGCCAUGUGUUCAAUUCAGAGCAACAGUGGUGAAGACUAAAACUCAGUUUUACAUGGACGAAGGAAAUCUAACCAAGAAGAUCUGCAAAAAGACCUCGUCCCCUGCCGCGUCGGGUGGGCCCGAUGACUCAUUCCGACAGGUGGAUACAUUAUGGGGUGAAGUAGCUCCUGAUAAAGGGUCGGCGGCGGACUAUUUGGCCACGAACCCACAGAUCAGACAGUGUUGUGCUUGUGGAAGAGCCAACUAUAGAAUCAACUUCGCCGCCCUGUGGGACCAGCAGACAGAUGUCAACGGAAAGACACCCUUUGACAAUAUUCAGACAGAAGGACGAAAUCAAGGAAUACCCUUAGAUUUCUACACUAGCAGCGAGCGCGAGUACAUCACUCCAAAAUGGCAGUCGUUAAUCGGGGCGUCACAUGACGAGACAUUCUCGCUGUGGCGGUACGAGGAACAAGCACCCGAACACAUGAGGGCCGACAUGUCUCUCGCCUCCGGCAGAAUACAGCCCCGAAAUAUACAGAACUUCCUCAAGGAGAAUUUUCGAAGUGUGCGUACUGUGAUCCGGAUGCCAGACAUUGCGGACGCCAAGGGCGAUGCCAGUGCACAGUUCUCGGUGGACAAGAAAUUCCAUCUGGCGUCAUUCCUCGCUUUUAUCAGUCCCAGUCCCGACUGGUUUGUGGGGUUCAACUCCGUGGACUUGUGUGACCAAGACUGCACGUGGAAGGAUAAAGUGAGCCUCAGUCUCUACCCCAUAGACGCAGGCACUCACUCCGGCGACAACUUCCUCUCUUCGAGGGAGGAGUUAGUCACGCGGCAGAAGAUCCAAGACUUGCGCUACCUCAACCGCAACAACUCCGACUCCCCCUUCUUCGAACAGGUGCGUAAUUCUAUCCCCAGAUUCGCAAGUGUGGAUUUGAUUCGUACAGCUGUGAGAGACGAUGCAUGCCAAGCUAGCAACUACAACCCAGCAUUCAGCGCCAAUUACGAUCCAGGUUUUGCUCCGGCGGCAGGGGACGAGGCGACGGACCCCUCGCGGUACGACUAUGCGGAUGAACACAUUGGAGAGGGUUCUUUAGAUACCAAUAGACUGUGCAUGUGGAGCGAGUGGAGUGAUUGGGGGGAGUGUGAGGCCUCCUCCCGCAACGGAGUCUGUUCCCAGUGGGGCACUCAGAAGAGGAGCAGGAGCAGCAGUUCGAAUCCAGUCUACUGCAACGUAAACAGUGGACUCGCGGAGGAACAGACUACUUGUGUGCUUCAAUUGGGACCAGAAUGUGCAAAGGAUUGUGUGGUUGGUCAAUGGACCGAGUGGUCUUCCUGUUCCGGGGGCACUUGCAGAGGGGGAGGGGGAGAAAGAGGGGAGGGGAGACAGACUAGACAGAGGUCCAUCUACGAGCAGGCUCAGUUCGGGGGCAAGGCUUGCCCUGGAGACAGAGAUCUAGCGGACAGCCGAUACUGCAAAGACACUAGGCCAUGUUAAUUUUAUCACGCGUCAACUCGCGAGAAUGAAAUUCAAGUUCUUCCCCAAAUGACAACACGCCAAAAACGUUGAGGGUCAACUCAUCAGAGAAACUGUCACAUUUAUAGCUGAUAUUAAUCAUCAUAGCUUCUAUCACUUUUAUUAUAAUCUUUAUUGUGUCUUUUCAUUAGUAACUAUUCCCUCAUUAGCGUACAGGAAAGAAGGAAUAGCACAUUUUCCAGAGAAAAUACUACAACUUGUAAUCCUAACUGAAGCUAUGAAAAUUAUCUCAAACGUCUUGACGUCAUAUCAAAAUGUAGUAU